AUGUCCCAUAUUCGCAAGUAUUCAGUUUGUGUUGGUCCGGAGCGAGGUUAUCGACGAACGAAGAAUGUCAAGCGUGUGAAGCCAUCAAACUCCAAUGGUCACUCUGGGAAACAAUCGAAGUUUAUACGGAGCCUCGUUCGUGAAAUUGUUGGAUUCGCUCCAUUUGAGAGACGUGCUUUGGAGUUACUGAAAAACGACAGGGAGAAGCGUGCCUUGAAGUUCCUUAAGACCCGAAUUGGCGGACAUCGGCGUGGAAAAAAGAAGAGGGAAGAGCUCAUGAGUGUGGUGAAGAGUCUUCGUCAUAAGUAA